UGGAGCAUAUGUCUAAUUUUUAUCUGUUCAAUCUGAUUUUAUAGUUUAUUCGAAAUUCAGUGAAAAUAUUAGCACUCGGUUUACAUCUUUAAAAAUAGAGUUUGUUUAUGUCAAAAUACGGCCAAAUAUAACACAAAUGGAUAUUCAAUACAAGAUGAUCCAUCCUGUGAAAUACUUGCAAGAUCAUUCUGUGCAAGAUAUUCGACCGGACGGUAGAAAAUUUCUGUCUUUUCGACCAAUAAGUAUUAAUAUUUCGUCAAUUGUUCAGGCUGAUGGUUCAGCUAUAUUCAAGUUGGGUAAUACAACUGUGGUCUGUGGCAUUAAAGCUGAAUUGACAACACCAAAAAUAGAUACUCCAGAAUGUGGCUAUAUAGUACCAAAUGUUGAAUUACCUCCGCUAUGCUCUCCAAAGUUUCGCCCAGGUCCGCCAAGUGAACAAGCGCAGGUGAUUUCUAAACUAAUAGAUAUAAUAUUGAGAAAUUCCACUGCACUUGAUUUAACGGAUCUUUGUAUCUGUAAAAGAAAAUUGGUAUGGGUUUUGUAUUGCGACAUACUAUGUCUAAAUUAUAAUGGUUCAGUCAUAGAUGCUUGUACAGGCGCAUUGACUGCGGCUCUUAAGACAUUAACUCUACCUGUAGUAAACUAUAAUUCGGAAACGGGAGUUAUCGUUGUGCACCCUAAAAAGAGAAAACCAUUUGUCAUGAGAACGCUGCCGGUUUCAACAUCAUUCGCAAUGUUUGAGAAACAAAUGUUAAUCGCUGAUCCUACGGAUGAGGAGGAAAGUUUGUCGUUAGGAAGAUUAUCUAUCGUGAUAGAUAGUGAAGAAGAAAUUUGUUACGUGCAUAAACUCGGCGGGGUUCCAAUAUCACAAAAUUUAUUUUCCAAGGCAGUAGAAAUAGCGAAAAAUAGAGCAAGCCUGGUUCGAUCAUUGAUCCAUGCUGCUAUUUCGACAUUAAAAGUCGAAAUAGAUAUCUGAAUAUAUUCUUAAAAAUAAAAUUCAUCUUAUUACUAA